AUGUCUUGGAUUUUGUCGAUUAAUGUUGUCUGCAGCGCUGGAGCUACUGGGAUAGUCAAGGUUUUAUAUCUAUUCGGACCACAAUCACGCAGUAUAUUCGACUCCGGAAGUAUAUACACAUUAAGCACCCUCUUCAUCUGGGAAAGCGCUGAGAUCUCAGCCACAAUCAUGGCAACAUCAAUACCCAUGUUGCGAAAACUCGCCGUCAACGUCUCAACCAGAUACUCUUCUCGAGGAAGUAGCGAAAACACCAUGCUGUCCGUUUUCCAGCGCCAGUUACGUAUAGCUGGCCUCAGUAAUGAUGCUGAGAACCAAUACGCUGACCAACCAACAAAUUAUACUGGCGCUUCCUCUGCGAACUAUUCACGGGCUCGAGGGACGAGUUCUUGA